CCACCCUAUAUUUCUUCUUAUCCAACGUAAUGAGCAAACACCAGCCGCGGAGUUUUCGGCGGGGAAGCGUGGCGGGGCCCCCACCUCCACCUGGACACCAUUUGAACUUCCCACACCACGUGUAUCCCUUACCUCUACACCCCCCUCUGAUACAUCCGGUAUUAAAGCCUGCUCAGAUCUAAGAUUGGCCUCUGCAUUGGAUCGACCGUUUCACUCCAAUCCCGCUUCCACCAUGUCUCUCCCAUCCUCUCAGACUGUCGCCUGGAUAGAUAACCCCGGUCCCAAUGGCACACUCAGCAUCCGCUCAGGGAUAGACAUUCAAAAACCGGGCCAGAAUGAAGUCCUGGUCAAACUCGAAUAUUCUGGCAUCUGCCAUUCCGACUGCCACAACGUGUACGGUACAUCAGGCGGGUACACUUCCAUCCCUGGCCACGAGGGUGUGGGCGAAGUAGUUCAACUAGGUCCCGGAGCUUCUGAGUCACUCAUGGGCAAAAGAGUUGGAAUCAAAUGGCUUUGGAGCGCGUGUAACCAGUGCGCUUCGUGUAAAAAGGGCCAAGUCAACAAUUGCGCGAAGCAGAACAACACGGGACGAACGGUGCUAGGGACGCUGCAGCAGUACGUUGUGGGUCACGCGGAUUUUCUGACGAUGAUCCCUGACGGAGUGAAGAGCGAGGUCGCGGCGCCGCUGCUUUGUGCGGGCUUGAGUCUGGCAGGAGCGGUGUCGAAGUUAUCGCCAGAAGUGGAGACUGGGGACUUUGUGGUGAUUGUUGGAGCUGGUGGCGGUUUGGGCCACAUUGGUGUUCAGAUCGCUACUAUCAAGGGGUACAAGGUUAUUGCGAUUGACAGCGGGGCUGAGAAGGAGAAACUCUGUAAAGAGAUGGGCGCUGUGGCUUUCGUCGACUACGCCAAGCAAGACGUUGUUGAAGCUGUCAAGAAUUUGACUGAGGGCGAGGGUGCCCACGGCAUUAUUUGUGUGGCCGGCAGCGAGCGCGCAUAUCAGCAAGCGCCGAAUCUGAUCAGGAACAAUGGUGUUUUUGUAUGCGUGGGUUUACCACCCCCGGACUUUAUGUUCCCAAUGGCUCCCAUACAGAUCGCAAACCGCGGCCUGGUCAUUAGAGGCUCAUCGACUGGAAAUCUGGCGCAAAUGGAUGAACUGUUACAGCUUAAUCUGCAGGGUAAAAUCACGCCAAAGAUUGAGGUUUACGAUUUCGAGGACUCCCCGAAAAUCCUCCAGGAAUUGCAAAAGUAUGAGGUUACGGGAAGAAAAGUUGUACGCGCCCCGGUAUAA